GAUUAAUUAGAAUUAAUUUCAAGAAAAAUAUCACAAUUAAUUUACUUAAAAAAGGAGAUACGAAUUCAAACUUUAUUAACUUCAAAAACAGAAAUGUAUUCAAUGCAAUAAUAAUUAAUAACUCCUCACUAAGUUAUUAUGUAGCCUGCACCUUUAAUUGUUCCUAUUACUCCAAUAUCUAUGUAAAUGAAUCCAACAAUGUAAUAGAUGAUGCAGUACAAUAGUCAGUAACACUUAAACAAUUACUAAUAAUCUACACCUGAGCAAAAGGCACAUUAAAUAAACAAAGGAAACUAAUCAAUGACUAUUGAAAGAGAGGAAUAGUGUAUGUAAUUGUUCUGGGAUUUUAGAACAGUAACUUAUAAAUCUCAUUUAGGUGAGCAUUCACUAAAUCGUUACCAAUUAAAUUGUUUGAAUCUUCUUUUUGUCUUUCCUCUUAAAAUUUGCUUUUGCUCCUAUAGAAUUCCUAAUGCUGUUGAAAAUUAAUUUGAAGCUUCUAACUAACCCCGUUUGGUUAUAGCAGGACCAAGCUGUGGCUAUCUCACUAUAGGUGAAGAUGUUCUUGGGUAUUACUAGCUUGAGAAUCCAAGUCUUCUUUGUUAGUGCCUAUGUGGUGAAACGCCCAUAGUACAUAUUACUAAUGCUGUCACUUAAGAAAAGUCUAUUUUGAAAACAGAAACAAGCUGCGUUAGUUCUUGCUUAGAAUGCUGUCUCCCUUGCUUUGCUUUAUCUAGAAAUUUUGUAGAUGAAAAAGGUAAAACUUCCACCUAUAGCAGAUCUUUUUGUUAGGCUAUCUUUAACUGUCUUACACUUAACUCUAAAUUUUACAACUAAGUUAACUUUAAUUACAAUAACAGUGAUAGUGAAAUGAGUAAACUACUCUAAUAUGGAGCCUUUAUUUUCUUUCAAGAAUAUUCUAAUAACUUUAAAGGAUGUUUAAUAUGUUGA